AUGGCACCGUCAGGAAGUGAUUUUCAGGAACUGGACACUCUAGGAGAGGCCUGGGCCCAGCUGAAGAAGAGUCUGAAUGAUGAAGCGGAGGUUCACCUCAAGUUCUCCUCCAAGCUGCAGAGUGAGGUGGAGAAGCCUCUCCUGACCUUCAGAGACAACUUCAAGAAGGACAUGAAGCGCUUCGACCAUCACAUCGCUGACCUGCGCAAGCAGCUGCUCGGACGCUACGCAGCCGUGGAGAAGGCUCGCAAGGCGCUGGCGGACAGACAGAAGGACCUGGAGAUGAAGACACAGCAGCUGGAGAUCAAGCUGAGCAACAAGCACGAGGAGGACAUCAAGAAGGCUCGCCGGAAAUCCACACAAGCAGGAGAUGACCUGAUGCGCUGUGUUGACCUCUACAACCAGUCCCAGUCCAAAUGGUUUGAGGAGAUGGUGACCACCAGCCUGGAGCUGGAGAGACUGGAGGUGGAGCGCGUGGAGAUGAUCCGACACAACCUGUGUCAGUACACGACGCUACGACACGAGACGGACAUGUUUAACCAAAGUACCAUGGAGCCGGUGGACCAGCUGCUGCAGUGUGUGGACCCAGCCAAAGACAGGGAGCUCUGGGUCACGGAGCACAAGACUGGGGAGGUCCGGCCGGUCAACAUCGAGAUCUAACACACACGCACAUAUAUAUACACACACACACACACACAUUCCCUCUCACACACACACACACACACACACAGGCAAAUGAACACACGUGCACGUUUGCCCACACAUGUACACAUACAUGCACACACACUCUUACGCCCGCACUGAAACACACACAGACAUAUAUGCGCACACACACACCUUGAUCCGGGGAACAGCAGUUCCCCCUGGGGAUUUGGAAGACUUCAGGAAUCGCCAUCCUCCUACCAUUGCAUUUGACUGAUAUCAGACAGGAGAGAUGGAGAACAGACUCCUCACGCCUCUCCUGUCACCUGCUGGCGGUCUGAAAACUGAAGGUCCUGCUUCUGUAGACAGACAGACCGGCAGGCAGCAGACCAGAGGACCAGCCCGGCCGCCACCUGGUGGCCAGUUCAGGCACAGCAGCACUCUCCAUGGAAUGACUGAACGAUUAGAAGGAGAAUGUCUAGAAUGGCCGGCAGAAGGGAGAUUCCGGGUCCUCUUGUUCUGGGUCUGUCGCCUGGCUGGAUGGAUGAGAGGGUUUGAGGUUGACCAUGGAGGUUUGGGUAGAAUAUGGCAGCACCAGACAGUAUUCACCAUUCGCCCCGUUUUUUUUUUACCAGGGCUUCUCUCAGGUGCGAGGGGUGUUUUACACAAACAGCGGAGAGACAGUGUUAUUCUUGUACAUAGCAGACUGUACACGCCACAGGGCAUGUGUCGGGUGUGGUGUGUGUUCGCUUUUGCUCUGUGGAGUAACUCCAUCUCACUUUCACGUGUUUAAACAUGGCCGAUUAUGGUCAAACUGAAACCAGUGCUUGAUGAUUGCUUUUAACAGCUGCUACUAGUAAACAAAUCACAGACGGCAUUCCGGUGAAUAGCUUUGUUAAGUCUCUCUGUAACACAUUUAGAGGCUGUAUUGUCUGAAAGCUCAGUUCGAAAUGUCACUGGAACACUGUAAACAGAGUGGUAAAGAGAGGUUUUGAUGUGAAGCUAUAACACACCAUGUUAGUGAUUGGCACCAUCCUGUUAUACUGUUGUUCUGUUGUGUUGUUAUAAUUAUAAAUCAGACAGUUGCACUUUCUGGCCUAUGGGGUUUGAUGUGAGCUUGUUCUUCUCUAUUCUGCCCUUGUUGCUAUGGAAGGGGUCUCUGAAACAACACAUGAUAGGAAUAAGAAAUUACUAUUUUAUUUCGAUUUUUUUCAUUGGGUUAAAGGGGUAUAUUUGAGGUCUGUGUUUUACAAGUGAAGGUGUUAUAUGUAAAUACUAGACAGAUGUUUAUGCUAGGCUGCAGAGUCAAGGUAUUAUUAGAAUGAAGGUGUGAAAGUGUGAUGUGCUUUAAGGCCAGGAAAUAUAAAUAUAGUUCACAGAAAUGGAGGUACAGAUAAUAUAUUCAACUAAUUUAGCAUUAUGCUUAUUUUUAUACCAAAUAAAAAAUAACAAGAACUAUGCGUGGGUAAACAUCUGUGCAAAUUAAACAAGAUCAUUUGGGAUUUGUUCAAUUGAUAAAUCUCUUUUUGAAAUAGAUAUGCAAAAUAGAUAUUGCUGUCUAAUGGAGCGAUGUAAACACACCAGGUAGACCAUUCUCCUCAGGUAAUGGAGGACUGCACCUGGGGGAGAUGGAUAUUAACUGCUAAAUAUUUGACAUUAAUGUUUGGCAUUUUUAUUAUAAAUGUAUGCAUUUAAUGCUCUGACUGUCUAUGAUUUUACAGUGAUUUUACUUUUUCCACAAAAUAACUGGAUGAUUUUUUUUCUUUUUGGUCAAAUGGUUUUGUGUUUUUUUUCUGACAAAAGACCACACAUUGAACUGUAAAGGAUGAAAAGUUUUAUUUCUCAAAAACAUAUUUCCACAUUCAACAAUAAAAAUGCUCUGGAUAUG